AUGUCCGAAAACAAGCCGAAUGACGAGCCCAAGUUAUCCACGACGGACAGGGUGGUGAAAUCCGUUCCAUUCCCACCCAGUCAUCGACUGACGGCCAAAGAGGUGUUUGAUGGCGAGGGCAAGCCCAAAGUUGACGUGCUGAAAGCUCAUCUGACCAAGGAGGGACGCGUGGAGGAGGCGGUGGCGCUGAGGCUCAUCGGCGAGGGGGCCGCCAUCCUGCGCUCGGAGAAGAACCUGCUGGACAUUGAAGCGCCGGUGACAGUGUGCGGCGACAUCCACGGGCAGUUUUUUGACCUGAUGAAACUCUUUGAGGUGGGAGGCUCACCGGCAUCCACGCGCUACCUUUUCCUGGGGGACUACGUCGACAGAGGGUAUUUCAGUAUUGAAUGUGUGCUGUACUUGUGGGCCUUAAAGAUCCUCUACCCCAAAACCCUUUUUUUGCUGCGCGGGAACCACGAAUGUAGACAUUUAACAGAGUAUUUCACAUUUAAGCAGGAAUGUAGAAUUAAGUAUUCAGAAAGGGUGUAUGACGCGUGUAUGGACGCCUUUGACUGCCUUCCCCUGGCUGCACUUAUGAACCAGCAGUUCCUCUGUGUACACGGAGGACUUUCUCCAGAAAUCACGAAUCUUGACGACAUCAGGAAAUUAGACAGAUUCAAAGAGCCUCCAGCAUACGGGCCUAUGUGUGAUCUGCUUUGGUCCGACCCCCUGGAGGACUUUGGGAACGAGAAGAGUCAGGAGCAUUUCACACAUAACACAGUGCGAGGUUGCUCCUACUUCUACAGCUAUCCCGCCGUUUGCGACUUCCUACAUCACAAUAAUUUACUAUCUAUCAUCCGGGCCCAUGAAGCGCAGGAUGCCGGAUAUCGCAUGUACAGAAAGAGUCAGACCACUGGCUUCCCGUCCCUUAUCACCAUUUUCUCUGCACCCAACUACCUUGAUGUCUAUAACAACAAAGCGGCCGUGCUGAAGUAUGAGAACAACGUGAUGAACAUCCGACAGUUCAACUGCUCGCCUCACCCCUACUGGCUGCCCAACUUUAUGGACGUCUUCACCUGGUCGCUGCCGUUUGUCGGCGAGAAGGUGACUGAGAUGCUCGUGAACGUCUUGAGCAUCUGCUCCAACGACGAGCUGACGACCGACGAGGAGCUUGACGGACAGCUAAUAUAUCCCCCCAAAAAAGGUGCCACGGCUUCUGCACGCAAGGAAGUCAUCCGCAACAAGAUCCGCGCCAUUGGGAAGAUGGCACGGGUAUUCUCUGUGCUCAGAGAGGAGAGUGAGAGCGUGUUGACGCUGAAGGGACUCACCCCGACGGGCAUGCUACCCAGCGGCGUGCUGUCCGGCGGCAAGGAAAAGCUGCAGAACGCUACUAUUGAAGCCAUUGAGGCUGACGAAGCCAUCAAGGGCUUUUCGCCCCAGCACAAGAUCACCAGCUUCGAGGAAGCCAAGGGUCUGGACCGCAUCAACGAGAGGAUGCCGCCGCGGCGGGACGCACUCCCCUCGGACGCCAGCCUCAACUCGCUCAACAAGGCGCUGUGCUCGGAGACCAACGGCACGGACAGCAAAGGAAGCACCAGCGGCGGCGGAGGGAUCCAGUAG